UUUCCAUACUCAAAAACAUCAAACGAACAACCACACCAUCACUUUCCAUAACCAGAAUAUCGAACCAACAGCCACAACACCACCCACACCAUCAGCUAGCUUGCAAUACACCAAGCCAUCCACGGAAAAGGAGCGACCAUGCCCUCCAUUCCCCCUAUUGAGAAAAUCCCGGGUGAGCUGUUGCUCGACAUCUUCGAGCAGCUGGAGAUCGGCGACGCCGCCAGUCUUUCGCAGGCUUCCGGCUACCUGCGCACCUCACUGAACAAAAAGAACGUUCAGAGGCACGGCCAUGCCAAUGUGGCACGUCUCGCUCUCGAGGUCGGGGCGGCGGCGGCGCCCGUCGAGCCCGAGAGCGUUGCAGGCUUCCUGCCUACCAAACGGUUGAACGAGGAUAGCGGUGACGAGGAUAGCGAUGACGAGGAUACCUUUGACCCGGAUACCUUUGACGCCAUGGAACCUAUUCUCAACCCAGCCAGCGCUCAUCCGACGGAAAUCUGCAGCAGGCUGGAGCUUGACAAGCCGGGCUGUUCUGUCCCGACCCCUCUGCAUAUCGGCAUCCACUAUGGCAACAACGAUGUUGCCAAGGCCCUGCUCGACCACGGCGCCGACAUCAACGGCGGUCUCGGCAUCUGCAAACGGAGUGACGGCCCGGACGACACCGAUGAGCUGCCGAGGUUCUCGGAUACCAUCAACUACUGGCUGGAUGACUAUCGCGAGGGCGAAGCACUGCCCACGGAAAAGUUUUCGGCUGCAUUUGAGGAUGGCGGCCCCGAACCUCAGUUCUGCGUCGAGUAUUCCCCUCUCUACACGGCCAUCCGUUCCGGGAACACCGAGAUGGCCAUGGACCUGCUUGCCAGGGGCGCUUCACCCGUCACCGUGACCGACUACAAGUGCAAACACCGCGACCCGGCGGAGGAGGGCGUGGGGAUGGGGCAUGCUGUCAUGGAUGCGAUCGAGGCGGGGGACGUGGAGCUCCUCAAGCACCUCAUCGACACGAUGCCCGAGGAGUCCGCGCGGCGCAUCUCCCAGGCCCGCGGGACCCUCUCGGCCAUCUUUCGGCUCUCGUGGUGCCCCGACGGCGCAAAGGUGCCCGAGAUGCUGCAGCUUCUGCUGAGCCACGGGGCCAGCGUCGACGUGGUCGCGCGGCGCCCGUUUGACUCCUUCACUGCCCUCGGGGACGAUUUCGACCCCCGCGGGCUGGAGCACCUGACUGCCACCCCUAUCCAGUACGCGGCGUCCAAGGGCAACCUGCACGCCUUCAAGGCGCUCUGGGCCACCGGCGCUCGGGUCGCGCCUCUGCCCCGGAAGAUGGCGCAGGGCGCUGAGCAGCUGGGCGUGGUGGGCCAGGUGCUGGCCUGCCUGGCGGACUCGUCACCACAUGAAUACUCCACCUUGGAAGCGUUUAUGAUGAGCUUUCAAGGGAAGGAUGGCCCGAAAAACGGCUUCUGGCCAUUUCUCUGCUUCCUCCAAGAGCAGGGACACAUCAUCGAUAAGCCCGCAAUGCAGUGGCUAUUCGAGAAAGAGGGGGACCUGCAGUCAUGGGAAGACAUCACGCGGCUGGCAUCAGCGCGAGAGCAGAGCCUGGCGAGCCCCGAGACCCCACUCGCCAUCCGCAAGCUGUCGAAGCUCGAGAAGGCUUUGCAUGAGUGGUACUACAGCUGCUAUGUGCCUAGCGAUAUGGGCCGUCCCUCGAUCGGUGAAUGCGAGGAGGAGAUAGUGGACCUCCUCAAAGAGGGCGAGUGGGUGGACUGGCGCGCCAUGCCAUUUUCUCUCCCACACUUCGGACAGGUGCUGACGGUACCGGAUGAUACGGAGGACGAAAUUGGCCAUACGGAUGAUUAUGAGUUUAGAUCCAUCCGCCACGCCGAUAUCCGGGAGUUCCGGCUUGGGGCCAACCCCUACCUCGAGCUCUGGGAUGUGCCCAUCUUCUUGACUCGGCAAAAGAAGCUGAUGGGGGGUUUCCACCAGCGUGGAUACGCGGGGAACAUCCGGGGUUUCUUGCGCCUCGGGAGCGACCAAUUGCGAUCAGGUCCGUACUAUUAUCGGACAAAGGGCAUUGAGCGGAUCUGGGAUCAGAUGCUCCGAUGCGACCUGGAGGUGCGGGAGGCCAUCCCAGGCAGAAUGCCUGGUCACCUAAUCAAGGCGCUGUACUCGCGGGACUGGUACUUUUUGGACUGGCUGGUCCAGAACGCGUGGCCGCACAACAUCAGCAGCGCCGAAAUCGAGGACUUCAUCCAGCUGUUCUCGACAGCCCACAUCGGCGUCCCAGACCAUCUUGCCGAGAAGAUCCCGGCCCAGCUCAGAGGACUAGACGACCUACGCCGAAGGAGGGAGGAGUGCGAGGCCGAGCUGCGCAAGGCCGAGCAGCUCGUGGCCGAGCAGACCCCGUUGCCUAACUAAUAUGAAAGCGACAGCCUCCUGGUGCUUGGCAGUGUUUGAACCUUGGUUGAGCCAGUUAUCAGAGGGCU